AUGGCACCCAAACUCCCCACCAGCUGGGCGCAAAUUCCACCCUCAUUCCUCCUCCCCGAAUCGCUGCUCCCCCUUAUAACCAAACGUGGUGUAAAAUAUGGCUGGUCGACGGCCCCUCCUCGCUCACACCCCGAACGCUUCAACCAGCAGAGCGCCGGUCUCCCUAUCCUCUCCGCCUCCUCCACCGCUGCUCUCGCCCGCAAAGACUUCACUCUGCCGUUGCGCACCGGCGCCCUCGGUACCAAAAAAGGAAUGACCGCUCUCUAUGAUCCCGAAACCGGUGUCCGUACCCCCUGCACCGUUCUGCAACUCGAUCGUGUACAAGUCGUAGCUCACAAGACUCGAGAAAAGCAUGGAUAUUAUGCGGUGCAGGUGGGCGCUGGCUGGAAGCACCCGAGCAAUGUGACGAGGCCCGAAUUGGGACAUUUUGAAGCGAGUAAAGUGGCGCCCAAGAGACAUAUGUCUGAAUUUCGUGUGAAGAAUGAGGCGGGUCUACUGGAUGUGGGGAGGAUUAUUGGGGCAGAAUGGUUCGUAGAGGGACAAUUUGUGGAUGCCAGGGCGAAUAGUAGGGGAAUGGGAUUUGCAGGAGGAAUGAAGAAAUGGGGAUGGAGUGGUCAGCCGGCUAGUCAUGGUAAUUCCAGGAAUCACAGGACGAUGGGUAGUGCAGGUGCAAGUCAGGGAAGUGGUUCGAGAGUCCAUCCAGGAAAGAGAAUGGCGGGACGGAUGGGAAAUCAUCAAGUCACGAUUCAGAAUGUGAAGGUGUUGAAGGUGGAUGCUGAGAAGGGCUUGGUGCUUUUGAAUGGGUGUAUUGCGGGCCCGGAUGGCUGCGUGGUGAAGAUUCAAGACGCUCUUAAGAAGCCAUGGCCGAAAGUGCCAUCGAUACCAGCUUUGGUGAAAGAAGUUAAGAAGCCAGCAGAGGUAGCUGCCACUGCUGCAUGA